GCGAACAGUUUCCCUGUGUUUCCAGUCUUUGUGCUAAGCUAGGCUAACAGUUUCCCUCUGCCUCCAGUCUUUGUGCUAAGCUAAGCUAACAGUUUCCCUCUGCCUCCAGUCUUUGUGCUAAGCUAGGCUAACAGUUUCCCUCUGUUUCCAGUCUUUGUGCUAAGCUAGGCUAACAGUUUCCCUCUGCCUCCAGUCUUUGUGCUAAGCUAGGCUAACAGUUUCCCCUCUGCUUUCAAUCAGGUGCUAAGCUAGGCUAACAGUUUCCCUCUGCCUCCAGUCAUUGUGCUAAGCUAGGCUAACAGUUUCCCUCUGCCUCCAGUCUUUGUGCUAAGCUAGGCUAACAGACCAUGCUGAGACCUGUGAAGAUCCUCCUCUCUACAGCAUGUCUGGCCACUCGCUGCUGUUCAGGCUUCGUCUCCAGGAUAAGGUACAUGAACAGGCUGAAGGAGGAUGAUGAAUCGUGCGCUGCAGCUCUACCGAACGGUCACAUGUUCCUGUUCCACCGUCUGUCUCCUCUGCUGCAACGCACCGAGCAGGGAACCUUCAGACCUGCAGCACUGAUCACCUCAGAUGUGCAGUCGAUCCUGGAGAGACUGGGUUCUGACAGAGCCCUGCUGAAGGAGUCGGUUCUGAUCGGCUGCUCUGAACAGAACCAGGCUCAGUUCUGUCUGGACGUCGGAGAACUGGAUCAGGCAGCAGUAGAAGAAGAGUGUGGAGGAAACUUCAUCGAUUUGAGAAAGGCGUUCUUUCUUCUGACCGGAGCAGAGGCGCCUCUGGUGGCCAAGGGUCAGGCUCUGCUGCGCUGGCAUCAAACCAACAGGUUCUGCAGUGCCACAGGUCUGCCGACCAAACGCAACCAGGCAGGAAGUCAGAGAGUCUGCAGCAGCUCCGGCAUCAUCUACUAUCCCAAGAUGUCUCCGGUGGUGAUCGUCCUGGUGUCUGAUGGGAAACGGUGUUUGUUAGGCCGACAGUCGUCUUUCCCUCGAGGGAUGUACAGCGCUCUGGCCGGCUUCUGUGACAUGGGUGAGACAGUGGAGGAGGCUCUGAGCAGGGAGGUGGCCGAGGAGGUGGGUCUGGAGGUCCACAGUGUCUCCUACAGCUCCUCACAGCACUGGCCUUUUCCACAUAGCUCCUUCAUGAUUGCCUGCCACGCCUCUGUUAGCCCCGCCCACUCCCAGUUGGACGUGGACCACUCAGAGCUGGAGGAUGCUCGCUGGUUCAGUCUGGAGGAAAUCACUGCCGCCCUGCAGGUGAAGACUCCGCCCAGGAGGGGCGACGCCCCCGUCCUCUGGCUACCUCCAAAACAUGCCAUUGCCCACCGCCUCAUCACAGAGUGGACUGACCGCCAGAGACGCCGCGAUGAGGGAGACUAACGUCUAACCUGAAGACGCAGAGGAGACAAUAACAAACCUGACAUCCACAACUGGUCCACGCUGAGUGUCCUCAGAGUCCUCAGUCCUCAUCCAGAGUUCUCAGAGUCCUCACUCCUCAUCCAGAGAGUCCUCAGAGUCCUCAUCCAGAGUGUUUUCAGUCCUCAUCCAGAGUCCUCAGAGUCAGAGUCCUCAUUCAGAGGACAGGUUUCAGACUGUGAGACGUCUCGCCAGGAGGGAGACAGGUGAGGUAAAGGGACAGGUGUAACAACAGGAAGUUAGUGACUGCAGCAGAGACACACAAAUGAUGGAGAUGAAGACCCAAACUGACUCCUCCUCUUCAUCACUGUGUGUCUGACAUCCAUCCAGGACAGACGUCCAUUAAUCAGCUGAGACAUCAGAGACAAAUCAGUCAUCAUGUUUUAAAGUUUUACAUCCUCAUUGCAGACAGGAACUGCAACUCACUGUCAUCAUCAUCAUCUUCAUCACCAUCAUCUUCAUCAUCAGGCAGACAGCAGCUGAUCUGCUGAGCAGCAGAUUAAGAUGUAGAAAUAAAAGCUCAAACUGUGA